ACGCUAAUUUAAUUAUUCACCUGUAUACAUAGCGAAAAUUUAAACAAGCGAAAAACAGCAAAAAAAAUUUUUAAUGACAGGAGCACUAAACAUCUUUUGAAAAAGAAUUUAAAAUAUAUAACAGAAUUAUAUUAAUAUCGUGACAUACGUGACUGUGUCGUUUAAAGACAAUGGAAGAAAAUUCAUCCUCAGCACGAAAGUAUGAAACAAGGGAAAAAGGGUCAAAGAAAAAGAUAACUAUCGAAGUAGAUGAAGAUGAUCCUUGUCUCAAAAAGAAUGAGAUUCACGAGGAAGAGAUAUUACGUACUCCUCACGGGGUGGAGUUUGAACGGUCUCCUGGCAAUGAUCCGAGAUUUCAGCAACAAAAUCAGACGCGGAGAUGUUUCGUAAUGUAUACUGACUUCUAUCGCUGUGAGCAUAUUUUAGGUAAAGGUUCUGAAGCAUGUACGUGGUUUAAAGAGGUUUUCACGUCCAUAUGUCCGAGGGCCUGGGUAGAGCAGUGGGAUGAACUUAGACUUACAGGCAGAUUACCUUGGCAUAAAUACAGAACUCAAGGCGAUUUCCCCGGCAAUAAAUACGGCGAAUAAAAAAAAAGAGAAAGAAACCAAUCUUGU